AGAUUCAUUCUAGAACCAUCCAUCCAUCCAUGCCUGACUCCACUACCACUCUCACCCCAACUUGGCUUUGAUCCGACCGUUAGGAUCACGCCACGUCAUACCUUCCUCUGCAAUCCUGAGCGUCAGUCAGUCGGUCUAUUAGUGUUGUGGACUUUGGCCAGUGCAGCCAGCGUGAUCCGGUAACUGUGAUCCGCGGGGAAUGUCACCGCCGAUCACUCUAGCAAAACUUGCAUGCCCUAUAUAUGUAUAUAUAUAUAUAUAUUCGAUUGCUGAAUUGUUUUUGGAGCAGGGAAAGGCGGUGAGGCUUGAAGGGGGAGGAAGCUGAGGAUUACUGCUUCGGUAGAGGCUUGCAUCAUCAACUCCGGAAUCCAUGUGUCCUCCGGCGAAUUACGAAAUUGGUUUGUACUGGACUGACCAGCAAAUCAUCGCAUUACUGGAUGGAUACAUCCCCGGAUCCCGUCUCCCCAGGGACGUGCUUACGGAUUCGAACCCUUACCUCUGUCCACCUUCCAAUUUGCCAGGAGGCAUGUGGUACCUUGUUCGAAAGAAUGUCGAAAGGGAAUCCGACUAUGGAUUCUGGCGAGCUAGAGACGAAGCUUGUAAGAUUUAUUCGAGCUCUACAAUAACUGGUUGGCGAAUAACUCUCGACUUCUUUGAAGGCAAACACCCUCCCGGAAAAAGAACCGGUUGGCUUAUGCAAGAGUACAGCAUAACUCAAAAUGGAUUCCACGUUGAAGCUAUGCCACAGAUCUCAAGAAUGCUGUGCAGAGUCUUCCCCUGCAUUGACAACGAAUUCGAUAAAAUUGCUUCAGAUUCGACAAUGGAGAAUGGCGAAGAAUCUGCAAGUGCAACUCAGGAAUGCAUCAGGACAGGGAACUUUAUCGAAUUGAAUGAUCUAGAAGAUCAAUCGAACUGUCCUAGUGACUUAUCGGACGAAUUCUUUUACGCAUUAGCGUUGGAGUUGGGAAUCGAAGAAGACGAGAACAGAACAAGUUCGGGAUACACUUUCGGCACGUUAGGAUUGUCGAAAUGACACGGUUGUCGUGCAGCCUGCUAAUUUUAUUACAUCGACAAGAAUUUUAACAUGGCGACGACAAUGACGACGACGACGACGAGGAUGCAAUCCCCAGUAUUGUCAUUCAUGUUCAUGGCGCUGAGGAUCAACAAGUCUUGAGGUUAGAAAUAUAUAUAUAUAUAUAUAUAUUGUUACAAAUUUUAUUUAUUUUCUUGAAUAUAUUAUUUGCAUAUGUGUUAAGUGUUUGUAUCAUUCUUGAUCUGCCUGCAUUACAUGUAUUAUGUGUAUAUAUAUAUAAUAUAUAUAUGUAUAUGUA